GUGUCUGUUUUUGUGUGAUUUGUGUCUUGUAAUAGUAUGCAAGUCAAUGGCUCUGAAUUCUUUGAAACAUUUGAUGCAUUUUACACACUUCUUGAAAAUCUGGACAUUAAUAAACAGAUAACUAUAGACAAUGUGACACAAGCUUUUAAUUGUGCUUGCUUUAUCGAAGCUACAAUCGCAAAAAUUCAAGCUGAAGGAAAAGAAUAUGAUUUUGAGAAAUGUUUACAAGAAUACCGAAGAUUGGAAGGAAAAUCACUUUCACAUACAUGUUUUUAUUUGGCAAAAGCAUGUGACAAAUUAUUAGAACGUUAUUUAAAGGAUAGUCAUUUUCCCAAUGAAAUAGUUGACGAAUACUUGAAACUAUAUACACAACACUUUGGACACGACAGACUAAAGGUUUUUUUAAGUAGGUUAAUAAGUAAUUCUAUUGCUGUAAGUACAAUUGUAGAAUCUCUAGAAGAAUUAGAAGUACCAUUAUCUAAUAUAGAGAAUGAAGCGCUAAUUAUGUCAUGGGAAAUAGCAGUAACUAGUGGAGAUAAAAAUGGAGUAAUAAAAUGUAUAAAUAAAAUGAUAAAUGAUGGUGAUGUUUCAAGAUUAAUCGCUUUAAUAACUGAAUUAUGUGAUGAUAAUGCUAUCGGAAUAUUAAUUAAAGAAAUUCUUACCUCAAAGUUGGUUGAAAAUCAUCCUGCUAUAUGCAUAGCUCUUGUAAAUAUGAAGAGAAAAUUACUUUUAAAAUUACUUAAAAAUGAUUACACUUUCUGCACAAAUUUUAUUGAUGCAAUAUUCUACUUUGGUCGAAAUAUGCGACAAGUAAAUGGAAAUUGGUUAUCAGAUCAUGAUUUCAAAUAUGAACAUCUGUGUAAAAUAUUUCAAAUUUUAUUAAAUGGUCCUUGUGUAAUUUAUGAACAAGUAUAUAAUAGAUUAUCUGUUGUUAAAACUCAACCAGAUAAUAAGAUAUGGAAUGAUGUGGAAAGAUUUGUUUAGCAU